GCAUUGGUAGUUCCCAUUGGGUAUACAAACACCAACUUUCCGCCCAACCCUACGUUACAAUUGAAGGAUCUGUUGCCCGGUUUAUAUCAAUUGAAUCUAACAGUGACGGACUCCGACGGCGCCACUAAUAGCACAAUAGCCAACGUAACUGUGCUCAAAGAGAUUGAUUAUCCGCCCACAGCGAACGCCGGCCAAGAUCAAAUUAUAUUCCUGCCUCAAAAUGAGAUCUCACUUAUGGGCAAUCAGUCCACAGAUGAUAAGGGUAUAGCCCUAUGGCAAUGGACGCGAGCGCCUGACGACCAAACGAGUGGCAAACAGAUAGCGGUGGAUAUGGACGGCACGUCUACACCUUUGUUACAUCUGUCCAAACUAGAAGUGGGAGUCUAUAAGUUUAUACUGUCGGUGACCGACACCGCCAACCAAAGCUCCAAAGCCGAAGUGCAUGUGUUUGUGAAGCCCGAAAACAAUAGACCUCCGCUGGCCAUCACCCCCCAUGACAUCAAAGUAGUGCUCCCUUUGGAGAACAGUGUUGUUUUAGACGGCACUAAAUCCAGUGACGAUACCGGUGUGACCAAAUGGCUUUGGCAACAACUACAUGGUCCGAAAGUGUUGCAAAUAACUAAUGCCAACGAAUCAAAGGCAAACAUAACAAACAAAUUAUUUCCCGGAGAGUAUAGCUUUCAGCUUACCGUUUGGGACACGAAGGGCGCCAACUCUUCAGCACUUUUUAAGCUAACUGUCAUUCAAGCAAAAAAUUCGCCCCCCGUUGCCAAUGGAGGGGGCGAUCGCACGGUCACACUUCCUAUUAGCCAGGUUAUACUAAAUGGUAGCCAAUCCUACGACGACGUGGAGAUAGUGUCGUAUGAGUGGCGGCGGACACAAGAGUCUCUGGCAUUUGGGGAUAUACUGGACAACUCGUCAUACAGUGCAGUGUUGAGACUGACAAACCUAAUUCCCGGCCGAUAUUUAUUCCGACUGACGGUGACUGACAGUCAGGGCUCGCAGGCGUCCGAAGUUGUGUCGCUUAUUGUGAAACCCUCUCACGAUAUGAUGGAUGAAAUCGAGUUAAUACUAAACACUGAUUGCAAAGCAUUCACCACCGAUCAGGAGUGGACUGUAUUGAAGCGUUUGGAGUUA